AUGGGCUCGAUGAAGCUGAAGCGCGUUAUGCUUCUCGAGUUCUCUGAGGCGCUCGAGAUUAAGCCGGAGCUGGAGUCGGGAGAGGAAGGCGAGGAAGAGCAGGAUGGAGAUGAGGAUGAGGACACCGACGAUGACCAGUCAUUGCCACGUUAUGGUCUCAACUUCCUGUUUCGCUCCACCUCAGACCGCACUCGGCAAGGCUGCAUGCUUUCCAAAGUGUUCUGUCUCCAUCCCGCGAUGCCAGAAUACCUGACUGGGCCAAAUGCUACCACCUCGUUCUGGUUCGAAGGCACCAGCCUAAGCGGAACAUGCGGUGCGGACGACCCUACUUACCUCACGGCAGCUAUACCUGGCGAGAUCACAGCUUACUCUGAGCGCCAACUCGUAGCACACGCUAUGAAUACCAACGGGAUCUUCGAGAAUAUGUCCUGGAAAGGCUACCUGGCAGCAGAAGCCUGA